CGCAAAAAAAAGGUCCAUCGACCGAGGCACGUUCUGGUUAAGCAAAUCUCGACCGAUAUAAAAUUCUGUUGCACUGCCGUAAAUUUAGGUUUAUGGCAGUGGUUGGCUGGUAAGGAGGUAGCCCACUCCCCGUACCUAUUUGUUUUUUUUCUAAUCAGCUAUGAGCAGUUAAGCAACCGGCGACGAUUGCUGAGGCGGCGGUAGCGAUCGCGACGGUGCCGGAGGGACGACCGGGAGGUGCACUCCCCUCUCUCGUACGUGGAGUACUCCCCCCUUUCCCUCAUCAUGCAGUAAGGACCAGGAGGAGAAUUGGGCACUGCAACGAUUCGGUGCGAGCUCGGGGACGGCAACGUCCUUCUCCGGCGUCCAUCUCCAUCGUCGAUGGUCUUCUCUCUGGGUUCUUGAUUUUUUGGGAACGGGGCUAAGAAAGAGGAAGAAGUCGAAGAAAGGAGAUGAAUGAAAAGAGGGAGCCUGCAUACUGAAGGGGGUGAUGGAGUAUACCUUCACUCAGAUGUGAGAUCAAUUCGAGGAGGGGAUGAUCAUGCAGGAGGAGAAGAAGAGGACAAGCUCAAUGCUGCAGUAUCUUCCAAGAUUUAGCCCUGUUUCUUGACAUUUUUUUCUAUUUUGGAUGAAUUGUUCCUUAUUUCUUCUUUGGAGCUCCAUUGCUACAAAAAAAGGAGCCAUGUCCAGCCGUUUUCACUUAGUGGAGUUGGGAUGCUGCUACUGUAUUAGGAUAGUCAUGCCAUCAUUGUGAAUCUGCCCUGUUGCAGAAUAAGGCACAAAAGGAAACCAGAAAGGGCAAAGCACAAGAAAAUAUGAAAAUAACAAGCCACAAACUAUGAGCAACUAAGAAUCACUCCCAAAAAGAAGCACAAAUCAUUCCAGCCCAUGUAAUUGUGAUCUUAAUGCACAAUGUCACUGAUUUCCUGAUAGGGAGUAUAACGUUUUGUUAGGUUUCAAGUCCAUCAAACCACUGCCAUCAGGGCUGAUCAUACCUCUAAAUAGAAAGAAAUGUAAACCUUUGGAUUCAAUGAUCUUGCUAAAGGAUACAAAUGUGUCUUUUCUUAAAUGUAAGGUAUUUGAUGGCUCCGUUUGGUCAAAAAUUUCUUCCCCUGUUUCAUUACAUAAUUUGUAGAGAAAUCAUGGUGCUUAGCAUACUUCUCUUGCCUUCAAAGUACAAUUUCUAAGACAAUGGAAAUGCCGUGCCUUGUUUUAUUAGGAAUGAUGCAUCCAGAAAAACUUUCUCAUAUUAUGGAACGGAGGGAGUAUUUGUGAUAUAUCCCUGUAGGCAACAGAUAAUGUUAGUUUCCAGUAGCGCCAAUUGGCUCCUAUCUGAACUUUAUUUUUGAGAUGCACUUCCAUGUCUGUGAAACCAAUUCCAUGUUGAAGGUUUCUUUUACCAUAUUUUCUAUUAACUGUAGUUUGUUUAAAUUCAGGGGAACGGUGUAUGCAAAGAGUGUGCCAUCAUACACCUUCAGGUGAUGCCUAUAAGUUACCUGAAUAGUUUAGGACUUCCAUCAUUUUACUUUGACAAUAAUACUUCCUGAGUUCACAAAUUAUAUAAUAUGAAAACUUGCAACAUCCAAGGCUUUUAGUUGAACUCACAUUCCAUCAUAUAUUUCUAAGCUAACAUGUUAUCAUUUUUAUGGCAGGCGCACUGACCUAGAAUAGCGUAAGAAUGACCACUCAACUAGCUAGUGUUUGAAACUUCAAUUCCAUGUAGCGAUACCCAACCCAGCAAUUUGAAGUCUCUUUUUUCUAUAGAAAUAAGUCUCCCCGGCUCCAUUUUAUUAAAAAUCAAAGCCCAGUGAUUCUUAUUUCUUACAAUAUGUGCAGAGUACAACAGUGUACUACCUCAGUAAAAAGAGGUAAACCUCGCCUGGAGUCCAAAACUACAAGAUGUCUGAUGACGAAAAGAUACACGCUCCUCGCACCAUAGCAGAUAGAUGAAUAUUAGCACACUGGUAUUGCCGCAUUUAGUCAGGCUGAUUUAUCAAAAGCGAAUGACAUUGGAUUCUGUACCCCAUCAAUUAUCGAGUUAUGGUAUCAGUUUUUGUUCUAACUUCUCAUGAAUACACAUCAAUUAUGAAUUGAUUUUAUUAGCAAAUGGAUACUAGCCAGCAAUUUUAUUUCAGUUAUGAAGAUGAUGUUAUUAUUUUCUAAUGCAUGCUACCUGCUGAUCAGGUGGGUCCACGUCCAGGCACACAAGUAUUAUUUCUAAUGGUCGAAGAACUACAUCUUCAGUUUAAGCAGUAAGAGCCGUAUUCAGAUUAUGGUUCUGAGCGUGGGCAUAGAAACUGGCUGGGGUGAGGAAUAAGAAUUCCUCACCCAGGGUGACGAAGAGGAUUUUCUAUCAUAGCUUGCCCUAGAAAUAGUUGGGCGUGUUGUCGUGGAGCACGUGGACUCGAGUCGCCGUGCUCACUGGUGUAAGGUUAGCUAUGAGAUCAUGGUGGACCGUGAGAGCGAUACCUACAGUUGCGAAUGUGCCAUGUUUGAGCACAUGGGUAUCCUUUGUCAGCAUGCUCUGAAGGUGAUGGUGCACGUUGGUGUGUGCCGAAUCCCUAGUCAUUACAUUUUGAAAAGGUGGAGUAGGGAUGCCCGUGAUGUUCUUCCUGAUCACUUAAAAUGUUAUCAGAAGGACUCGGACCUAGGGGUGUCUAAGACGUUUAGGCACAACAUUUUAUAUGUGCGUGCUCUGCAGGUUGUCAAGCUUGGCAAUAUGAGCAUCCCGCUCUUCAACCACGCCGUGCAACGACUGCUAGCCCUGGAGAAAGAACUGAAUGCCAUGGCUGCGGAAGAAGCAGAAAACAAAUCAGCUGGCUUGUGCGGGUCUGAAACUUUGAGGUGCACGUCUCCUGCUACCCUUUCUGAAGAAAUUCCGAACUCAGGGGCAUAUGCCGGUGAAGCUGCGCCCCCUGAUCUCACGUCUGAACCGGUCGACAUCCCUUUGCCACCGCAGAGAAUGCCCCCUGACCUUGCGUCUGAUCCCGUCGAUGCUCCUUUGCCGCCGCAAAGAAGGCCCUCUCGUGGUCGUCCAAAAUCUCAGAGGAUGAAAUCGGUGCUGGAGCAAAAAGGGAAGCCAGCGGCGACCUGCGCCGUGUGCGGUUCUAAAGAACACCAUACCGAGGAAUGUGAAUGUCUGCAGAUGCCUGAGCGCAGCGAUGGCAGCGAAGACAGUGAGCCUGAACAUCCAGACCCCGUACCGUCAGGUUUGUGUGUUCGUAGGGCACAGCCGAUGAGGACCAACAAAAGGCAGUCUGAAACUGAAGCUUCAGAUGUGUGUGUCAGUAAGACUGCCGCUGCACCAUGGUUUUCUCGAGGAACAACGCAGCAUCAUGGUCUCCGCCACAAUGGGGCGUCUUCGUCAGCCAAUGACAUUGAUCGCACACCAAAGAUGAAGCCUCCCGCUCCACCACGCAGAUGCAGCGUCUGUGGCAAGAAAGGACACUAAAAUCUUCUUGCCCUGAUCACGAUGCCGGUCCAAAGCCGCCCCAGACUCGUCGAUGCAAAAAAUGUGGGAUCGGAAGGCACAACUCCAGGACUGUGCUCCCCCAAUUCAAACGACCUCGUCACAGAGACUAGAUACAAACUGGACACAGCUGCCUUGCUUUACAUCUUUCUUCUAGUUCUUUGAUCAGCAUCAGACCAUGGUAUUGGGUGCCGAACUGUGUUGUUGAUUUAUGAGAUCUCUUGUUUUAUCCACCACGACUGUGCUUGAAUAUUUGUAUCCUUGCCAUUGUUGUAUUAUGCAUGACCAGCUUUU